AUGGCAUCCACCAAGGUCGCUCCUCUUCUUGCACUGAGCAUUCUCCUCCUCGCCGUCGCCGUGCAUGGCUGUGAGCCCCACUGCUCCGGCGGCGGUCGGCCGGUCAUCCCGACGCCGCCCGUGGUGCCGACGCCGUCGUACCACCGCCAUGGCCGCUGCCCGAUCGACGCUCUGAAGCUGCGGGUGUGCGCCAACGUGCUGGGGUUGGUCGGCGUGAAGAUCGGGGCCGGCCCCGACGACUGCUGCCCGCUGCUCGACGGGCUCGUCGACCUCGACGCCGCCGUCUGCCUCUGCACCGCCAUCAAGGCCAACGUGCUGGGCCUCAACCUCAACGUCCCCGUCGACCUCAGCCUCAUCCUCAACCACUGCGGCAAGAUCUGCCCAUCCGACUUCACCUGCUAA